AAGAGGCUCCGCGGCUGCCGCGAGUGCUGGCGCUGGGUUUGUUUUCCCAGCGUCGCCAGGCCUGGGAGGGAGCGGCUGCCCGCUUCCCUUGUCGAUCAUGAGGGGCUCUGGGUCCUACUGAGUCUAUAGGUAGUGCGCUGUGUUUACUAUGGCAUCAGUGAUACCAUCAUUUAUCUUCAAGGAGUUUUGCCCCUUGUACUACCUUCUCAAUGCCAUUCCCACAAAAAUCCAAAAAGGAUUUCGUUCCAUUGUGGUUUACUUGACUGCACUUGACACUAAUGAGGAUUACAUAGCGGUUGGCAGCAGUAUUGGCAUGCUGUAUUUGUACUGCAGGCAUUUGAAUCAGAUGAAAAAAUACAAUUUUGAGGGGAAGAAUGAAUCCAUUACCAUUGUGAAACUCUUAAACUGCUUUGAUGAUCUUGUUGCAGUGGGAACAGUUUCAGGCAAGAUUGCUAUUUUUCAGCUUGUUUCUUCAUUACCUGGGAGAAACAAACAACUUCGGAGAUUUAAUGUGUCUGGUUUUCACAAAAGCAGCAUUACAGCCUUGGCAUGGAGUCCAAAUGGAAUGAAGUUAUUUUCUGGGGAUGACCGAGGGAAAAUAGUUUAUUCUGCUUUGGAUUUAGAUCAGGGUCUUUGCAAUUCCAGUUUAAUAUUGGAAGAACCAUCUUCAAUCGUACAGCUAGAUUAUAGCCAGAAAGUGUUGUUGAUCUCCACUUUACAACGAACUGUACUUUUUUAUACUGAAGAAAAAUCUGUCAAACAAGUUGGAACUCAGCCCAGAAAAACUACAGGCAAAUUUGGCGCCUGCUUUAUACCUGGGCUGCGUAAGCAAAGUGACCUAAUGCUCUUUGCUGCAAGGCCUGGGAUUCGCCUUUGGAAAUCAGAUGUUCAUGGGAUGGUUCAAGCCACAUAUCUUUUGAAAGAUGUAUUUGCUGCUGGAAUGAAGUCUUUUGAAUUAUAUCCCCGAGCGGGCUCCUUUAACAAGAGCAGCUGUAAUUUCCCAGAAAGACAGUUUGGACUCAUUUCCUGCUUUUCCCAAGAAGGAUGGGUCUUGAGCUGGAAUGAAUAUAGCAUUUAUGUGUUAGAUACAAUAAACCAGACCAUGAUUGGCAGUUUGGAAGGAUGUGGUGAUAUAGUAUCUGUGUCCUGUACCGAAAAUGAGAUAUUCCUUUUAAAGGGAGACAGAGAUAUUAUUAGAAUCUCAAGCAGGCCUGAAGGAUUAGUGUCAAUAGAUAUGAAUUCACAAACUUGGACCAGCUUGGAAUCUGAUUUGAGCCCAAAAUUAGAAAGACCACAUUUAGUAAUUGCUUCAGUCUCAUGUGAUCCCUCUCCAGAAGCAAACCCAAAAUCAAGUAACUUCUCACCCCAAACACCUAGUGACAAAAAUGGCUUUGUAGGAAGAGCUGACCAGGAAGUAGCAUUGAUAGCACAGAAAAUUCGCUCACAGAGCUUUGAUGCACUAGGGAACUUGAGCACUGACCCAAGAAGGAGAGGCUACUCUGUAGUCAGUGAAUCAAGAAGCAGGAGCAGCUCUAUGAAUUCUGUGGACAGUGGCUCCAGUUCCUUGACCAAUGGGGAUCAAACGUCAUCAGAAAUACAGAAAGUAGAUCAACAAAUUUCACAAAGGUUGAGCCUGAUCAGCUCAGAAGAUUUCAACCAGGAACUGAUUAUAAAACCAAUCAAAGUGAAAAAGAAGAAAAAGAAAAAGCCAGAAAAUGGCACCAGGAGAAAUCCUACCUCUCUAGAAAGCACACCCUCUUAUGAACAACAAGCCUUCACUGAUAGUUUCCAGAUACUAAAUGUGAAAUCGUGCUCCAUUAGUUCUAGCCUCCAAGGCAGCACCACAGACUGCUUAAGCAUCUGUUCCGCAGAACAGGGAAGUGUGUUCAGUAUGGAAACACAAAACGAUACUGAAACAUUCAGUGUACUUCAGUCUCUGGAGUCGAUAGUUGCUCUAACCCCUGAUGACAACAAGGACACACUAGAACUGCUAAAUAAUCUUUCUAAUUGUGAGAAUGAAGAAGAUGCAUCGCCUGUUACAAAUUCCUGCUUGCUUGUUGUGGAAAAUAAAAUGGGUAGUGAUCUUAGUGAACACAACUGGAACCCUGUGUCUGAAAAAAUAGAAACCAGCCCAAAACAGAUAUUCCCAAAUGAAGACCAUUUCCCUCUCCUACGUAAAACCGAAUGCACUUUAGAUGAAUUACAUCUGCCGGAUACUUCGGCUUCCCUAGAAGAGACCAACUCUGCAAUAGGAACAUCUGUAAAUAGGGACACUCCUUUUUGCACUGAUGAAUUGUUUGUUCAGAAUGAAAUUGUUGAGGUAAUGGAGCAGCAACCAUCUUUACGAUCCACAGUCCCUGGGAAUCCUGAGCAUUAUCAUGCUGUUUCUGAAAAAGAAAGAAAUCCUCAAGAGGGGAUGCUAACUGGACAGGAUUUCAAAGAAGGAGUCAUCACUGACUAUGCCAGUGAAUGGAUGAGUAACUCUCACAGUGCUAGAGCUGAGCGAUGCGCAUCAAGUGAUGAAGAGGAUAUCUAUGGACAUGGCUUGAUUCAUUCGUCUUCAGAGACAAAUGUGACAGAAAUGGGAGCUUGCCAUCUUCCGCGGGAUAAAGUCAGAUCAAACAUUGAGAAGGAGAUGCUUUCAAAAUCUGAUCAGUUUGCAGAAAGCUGGAUGGGAUAUGCAGGUCCUGGCUAUGGAAUACUGAGCCUAGUUGUCUCCGAUAAAUACAUUUGGUGCUUGGAUUACAAAGGUAGCCUGUAUUGUAGUGCAUUACCUAGCGCUGGGUUGCGUUGGCAGAAAUUUGAAGAUAACGUCCAGCAGAUGGCAGUCUCUCCUUCAGGGACUCUUUUAUGGAAGAUUGAGCAAAAAACCAAUAAAGCUUUUGCCUGUGGCAAAGUAACUAUUAGAGGAAAACGUCACUGGUAUGAAGCUUUACCUCAAGCAGCAUUUGUAUCCUUGAGUGAUGACACAGCCUGGAUAAUCCGAACAAAUGGUGAUCUGUAUCUACAGACAGGCCUCAGCGUGGAUCGUCCCUGUGCCAGGGCAGUAAAAGUAGACUGUCCAUAUCAACUAUCACAGAUUACAGCCAGAAAUAAUAUAAUUUGGGCAUUAACGGAGCAGCGUGUGCUUCUCUUUCGUGAAGGUGUAAGCAGUUUCUGUCCUGAAGGAGAGCAGUGGAAAUGUGAUAUCAUAAGUGAAAUGCAAGGUCUAGAGCCGGUAUGUAUUACUCUUGGAGACCAGCAGACCAUCUGGAUUUUAGAUAUUCAUGGGAAUCUAUGGUUUAGAACUGGUGUUGUUUCAAAGAAGCCACAAGGGGACGACAACCACUGGUGGCAAGUAAGCAUUACCGAUUAUGUUGUGUUUGACCAGUGCAGCCUUUUCCAGACAAUAAUCCAUGCAACACAAACAGUAGCAACAGCAGCCCAGGCUCCUGUUGAGAAAGUGGCAGACAAACUGCGUACAACUUUCUGGUCACAACAGCUUCAGUGUCAACCAAGCCUACUUGCAGUCAACAGCAGCGGUGUUUGGAUUUCCUCUGGGAAAAAUGAAUUUCAUGUAGCAAAGGGAAACCUCAUAGGUACAUAUUGGAAUAAUGUGGUGCCUCGGGGCACUGCUUCAGCUACAAAAUGGGCUUUUGUGUUAGCUUCUGCAGCUCCGACAAAAGAAGGAAGUUUCUUAUGGUUGUCCCAAAGUAGCAAGGACCUGUUUUGUGUUAGUGAUCAGAAUCCUCAGUUCCAUCCUUCAACAGUUCAGCUCCCUUCCGAUAAUGAAAUGGUAUAUUAUUCAGCUUGCCGGGAUGCAAUAUGGAGCUUGAAUAGUCUGGGGCAGGUCUUCAUAAGGACACUUUCACCAAAUUGCCCAACAGGAAUGCAUUGGACCAAACUGGACCUUUCUCAAUUAGGUGCUGUGAAACUUACAAGCUUAGCAUGUGGAAAUCAGCACAUCUGGGCCUGUGACAGCUGUGGUGGGAUUUAUUUCCGAGUUGGAAGUCAGCCUCUGAAUCCAAAUUUGAUGCUGCCUGCAUGGAUAAUGAUUGAGCCACCCAUCCAGUGAUGGAGAUGAAGUGCAGAUAGAAUCUAGGAUUUCUUUGAAAUAUGAAGCUCUGCAAGUAUAAUUUUCCCCAUUUGAAGUAUUUCCUAACUUGCAAAUCAAUUUGCCAAUGAAGUGGUACAUUUUCUUACUCAUCUUACACUCCAAAAUUAUGUUCUGCUGGCCAUACUGACACAAAUCAUAAAUCUGCAACCUAAUGAUAGUGUCAUCUUGCUUAAAUUUUCUCAAGUUUCUUACCUCUGCUGGUGAAUCUGGCUUGGGGAAUAAUUGGUAAUUAAAUGGAGGCUCAUUACUAAAGAAUGUGAUCAAUUCCCUUCAUAGGUUCUUUUGGUGGUUAUGGGAUAGCUCUGGUUUUCUCCCAUGUGAAAAGAAAUAUAUUUGUUUUCCAUCCUGCUGGAAUUGUUUAUAAAUUGAGAAGGGUAAAUGUCAUGCAGGGAGCAACUAGGAUAUUGAAAAGUUUUUUAUAGUACUGUAAGUCCAUUCUGUUUUUCUUAAAAUUACAAGCAAGCUGCCUAGUUUCCUUUUACUUUAUGAGAACUGCACAUUUUAAAAUCACUGGUUAUAUUUCACUGAAAGUUUUAUUUUCUACACUGGCUUUCAAGAAUCUCAAAAGAAUAACCAAUUAUCCAUUUAUAUAAUUCAGCACGUUACUGUAGUUUUGCAGAAAUUCUUGGGAUUUAUGAAUUAAGCCUGUUUUCUUUCUUUCCUUUUAGAAAUGCAAGUACUUUAUGGCUAUAAUAGCAGAGAAAGUUUUAUAGUUAUUAUAUAACACUUGUUUAGAACCAUAGAGUUCUAAAUCCAAUCGGUAUCAUUUGUAAAGUAUCACAUCAUUAUUAAUCAAUUUAUCUUGUGCUUAAAGCACUUCAAUCAUAUAUACUGUACACACUUCAUAUUUUUAAAUUAAUACAGGGUUCAUUAGGGUGAAGUCAUUUAAAAUGACUUAAACGUUAAUCAGAAUAAAAACUUCUAUCAUUUUCUUCCCCUUCCCUUCUCAUACUUUUACUCUUCCCCCUACUCCCCCACAAUUUCCAGAAUUUCGAAGGGGUCUUCCUGUAGUAGAUGAAAUAGACCUGAAUAGGAAAACCAUUUUUCUUCUAAAUUUAAGUCUUAAAAUCCAAAAAGCAAUUUGAACAACUUCUGAGCUACUUCAGCAAUGUAGAUCAUGCUACACUAUAUUGCCAAAAGUAUUUGCUCACCCAUGCACAUAAUCAGAAGCAGUUGUGAGCGAAUACUUUUGGCAAUAUAGUGUAUAUUACACUGGAGAUCAGGGAACUCUCUUGAACAGGUCGUUUUUUCAAGAGAUGCCCAAGAUUAUUUUAACUCAAAUUCUAAGCUCCCUUUAUCUGUCAGUGUUGGCUUAAUCAGAAAAUGAUUCAAUAUUGAAUGCUAUAUAUAAUAUUAUGAUCUCCACUGCUUUAUAAAGGGGUUAAUUGGAUAGCCUUAAGCAAUAGAAGCCUUCAGCUUAUUAUUGCCCUGGGCUAAAGUUUUAAACAUAAUGUCUCAUUAUUGCAGAAAUAUACAUAUUAACAAAUGAACUGACAAUUACAAUAGUUAAGGCAUUAGCCUAGAAACUGGGAGACCUUAAGGCCCACCUUAGGCACAAAGCCAGCUGGGUGACCUUAAAGUAGUCACACACUCUCAGCCCUAGGAAGGAUUUCUGCCUGCCAAAAAAACCUGCAGGGUCCUGGAGCUAAAAAUUUAAAGAGAAUCUCUCAUUAUUGCAGAACUAUUAUAAUUAACAAAUGAUUUGGCAAUUAGAGCCAUUGAGAUGAAACAACUUCUCUUUGCUGAAAGCGAGGGCAGUCCUAGCGUUAAAACAAGAGAAAGAUGAUACUUAAUAAAACACUUGUUGCCUUGUUUAUGGAGAAGGGAUAAAUUAUGCUGUUAUCAAUGUGGGAUCCCCCCCCUUUCUAUGUAUGUCUCAGUAUAUGAACACGAAGGCCAUGAUUUAAUUGCACAGGCAAAAAAAACCUUAAGCAGGGAAAAAGAAAACCGAAAUAUGAUUUAUAUUCUGCGAAUACAGUAUACAGUGUUCUCUUACAUCUAAGAUUUUUUUAAGACCUGAUGGUGUUUGUGUUAACAAUUCUGUUGUUGAAGCAUACCAUCGGUAUACACAGUUGUUUUUCCACUCCCUCCUAAAACAACUAUUUGUCUAAAAGAGGCAAAUGCACCAUCCUAUGAUUUUAGGGUAAAUGGAAGAACUAAUCUUUUUUUUCUUUUUUCUUUUGCAAAUAAAGUAGAAAGGUUAGCUUAACACCUUCAUGCCCUAGAAUAGAGCAUGGAUCUAUAAAAAGGUAUUAAGAAGACAUGCAUGUGUCAAUGAGAGCACAUAUUUAGAGUAAAUUUUCCUUAGGGUACCAGGGUUCUACUUUGAAAAUGAAGUAUGUAAAAUGAGAUUGCAGGAUAAGGUCAAUGAGGGGAUAUUCUCAUUACAGCAGCAAUUGUGCCAUACUAUCCUGGAAGUAUGAUGGAGUUGCAAAUAGUAUUUUUAUAAAGUGAAACUUUACUCCCAUUAGCAACUGGUUUUUCUCUUAGUCAUUUUAUCUUCUACUUAAUUGCCUACUUACUAUAUUUCUGUAUGUCACUAAUCCUCCCUAUUAAUUUUUUUUAUUGGUAGAACAAUUUGAUUUGCUCUUUUCUGUCCAAAUUUUAUGAUCUCCAAAAUGGGAGAGAUUGUGUUAAUUUUCUCCUGGGAUAUAUUGAAAUGCAAUUUUAUAUCCCUCUUUUCUUCUCAUUCCUUUUGGAAGAUCAUUUUGGAACCUUUUCCCUCACAUCAUUGGAUGUUUCAAGACACCGCUAGAUAUCUCUUAUGAAAUGAUAAGUUUUGUCUCUUCCUCAGGACUGUUUGUUUCAGAAACCAGGGAAGGUUUUGUGUCACAAUCUUAAAAUUCUGAAGUGAUUAAAAAUAAUCCUGAUGUGUGGUAAUAAAACCAACCAAUUAAACCACUAAAAAUUUAAAACAAUGCAAAAUUUUGAAAGCUACAGCCAUAAAACAGGAUCAAAAAAAUUGAAAUGUGCUAACUAAUACUGUAGUAUAAGUUCUGCCAAAAGUUAGUAAUAGACCUUUAAUUGUACUAAAAGCUAACUAACUUUGUGCUAGCCAUAAUUAAACAAAGAAACAAUUCCAUCAUUGGUCUGCUUAUAUGAAGAAUGGCUCUGGUUGCCACAUAGCAAAUGGUCGAUAAAUGCAAGAAUUAUGCUGUACAAAGAAUCGUACAUUUUCUACAUUUCCUACAUUUUGACCAUUAGUAGCUCAGAUUCUUUUAGAGAGCUUAAGCUUGCAAUAAAUUUUUAUACUCCUGAUUUCCCUGGCUUGACACCAGGUACACCAAAAUCUCUCUCUUCCUCUCCCUCUCCCCUCCCCCCGACAUACAAACACCUUAAUGUUAGGGUUCAGUGUCUUCAAUAUUAAUAUUCAUAACAUAAUAGAAUACUUUAUGUAUAGAUUUUUAGGCAAAUAUGUCCUUAGUUCAGCAAGGGCAUGAUUAAAUGAACAUGUUAAGGGGAGGUAAACAAUUUGUAGCUGUUUAUACACAUCAGUUGCAACCCUCUCCCAGCUUCUCAGUAGCAGAAUGGUUAAUUUUAGUGGGAUGCAUCUGAGUGGCAGAUCUCCCCCAGUAGUCCAAAACUGUACCUCUAAAAUCUGACUAUUUUAUUACUAAAUAUUGGUAGCAAUGAUUUUAGCUGUUUAAGUAUGGGAAUGUAAGAAAUCUUCCCAGGGGGUUACAGUUCCCAUUCUUGCUCCUCAAAACUGGUCCAAAAUCACCACAUUCCGAUGAUCCCAUAUGCAGAGGAAUGCAUUGCAGCCUCCAUUCAGAAAAUUGCUGACAUCUGUUUUGGGUGUGUUUAAAGGAUGAAAUAAUAAUGUUAUUUCUUUCCACUGGAGGAGAAAAUUGGAAUAGACAGGCACAAAUAGAGAACAAGUAGAGAAGAAGGAGACUAUAUUUUUGGCAGUCUUCAAUUGGAUGCCUUUUAAACAGUUGAACUUCUGCUCAUGUGGCUUUCAUCCAUAUUCUCAGUUAUAAAAGAGAGAUUAAGUUGUUUUGUGAUUAAAAGAAAGGAUUAAAUAGGCUGUCUACUUUUCUCCCCCUUUAAAGCUCCAUUGCAUUAAAAAGUAGGGAUUAGCUAUUUGGAAACAUAAUUUAAGUGAUAAUGUAGAAUUAAUCAGAACUUGAAUUUAAAAGUAACUAGAAUAGCAGGUACCACUUAAAUCAUUCUCCUUUUUAAUGUUAGUCUCUUUGUUAUCAUAUACAAUAAAUAAAUAAAUAAGAUUUAAGGUAGCUUUAUGGUUUGCAGCAAAUGAAAAACACUGAGUGAUGAUGGUGAGUGAUGAAGGAUACGGGAAAUCCAGACUUGAAUUUGGACUAUCAGAUCAAGCUAUACAUUUUAUCUCUGCUAGAAUAUAAUUAGAGAGCCAAUUUGGUAUAGUGAUUAAAUGUGCCAGGCUACAAACUGGGGGAAUAUGAGUUCUAGUCAUGCCUUGGGUAUAAAGCUAGCUGGGGACAGUCACUUUGUCUUUCAUCCCUGGGGGAAAAAAGCAAAAAAUGGUGUUGGGAUUAUCUGCAGACUCUUGAGUCUCAUUUGAAUAGAGUUCAUGUGUGCCCUUUUCAGGUUUGCUGUGCAAAAUAGUAAUGCAGAAACAAAAAGGCAACGGAGACUAAUCUAGUAGAACACUGCAUAACAUUGAAGGCAUCAUAAAUAUAAUUUCAUGAAUUAAAUGCAUAGAACCUUCUAGAACAACUUUCCUACCUAGUUGGUUUUUAGAUAAAACGAACAUGCUUAUAAAAAUUGUGUUACAUCAAUGCUGGACUAUACCAGGAAGGUCUCUAUGAGUCUAAAAAGGUGAUUUAUACAACAGUAUGCAUCAAAUAAUUUGUAAAAGUUACAAAAUAGCAUCUUAAAAAUAGGGAUCAGCAGAUUUCAUAGAUUCUGGUAAAAAAAAAAAACCAAUUUAAUCAGUUUCACAUAAAUGGCAGUACUAAAACCUCAGAAAAGGAAUUCUAAAUUUGGAAAGAUUUUGAAGACUGAAGGCACUACUUAAAAUUCAAGCAAUAUCUUUAGAAAUAUAGGUAAAAACAUUGGAUUGGCAAAAUA